ACAAAUCUUAAAGGUUGUUUCCCACUAUUGCUGCAGGCUUAUUCUCACCGAUAGUGAGAGCAGGGAGAAGGUUUCGUUUGCGCAACUCAUAGGAUUUCCAAGGCGGCUGGAAAGGAUCGUGUAAACAAGGAUUAAAGAGUUUGACGCGAAAAUUCCCUGGAACUAUGACUUAAAUGAUUAACCAGGAAGAUAAUAAAAAAGUUCGUCGUGAUAUGACAUACGAAACGAACUAAGUACAAAGUCUUAAUAAAUCUGAGCGGCAAAAGCGGUUCCCUGCUGACAAUGAGACCCUUGUAGAAUAGUGACAAACAAUACUGUAACGUUGUGACAGAAGGUUUUACAUGAUAAACAAAUAGUCGGUGAUGGAUUAUACAACUGUAGUUGAGCAGGCUGUGAGACAGUUUUAUGCAGAAGGAAACAAUGAGGUGCAUUCUUGGCUUCUACGGGUGCAGGCUUCACCAGAAGCUUGGACAUUUGUCUGGGAGCUCCUUGACCCUUCCAAAUCGUGGGAAUUGCAAUUUUUCGCAGCUACCACAUUGCACAUCAAGAUUUCUAAACAAUGGGAUGAAGUGCCUAAAAAUGAAUACUCUGUUCUGCAAGAGCGUUUGCUCAGUAUUAUGAAACAACCAAAUACACCCAAGUUUGUCCUUUCCAAACUCUGUCAAGCAUUGGCUGGAUUUGUGGCAAAUGCCUGUACCACUGAAAAUGAGGAAAAAGAUAAAAAUGUUGUGGAUGAACUCAUGAGGAUGUUGCCUUAUGACUCGUUUCCUAUGUUGGAAUUGUUACUACGCACACUUUCUGAGUUACCGGUAAAAUCAGAAAGGAGGUUUGAAGCAAAACGUGCCAAAUUAUCCAAAACGUUAAGCAAUGGUUGGUACAGAAUAACCUGGCUUCUACAACAAGUUUUCUCAAUGUGCAACCCAAAUUCCCAAGGCAAUGGCAAUGCAUUGCACCUGUUAGCAAUGGAAUGCGCAUUAUCGUGGCUCAAAGUUUAUCAACUUCCUUUAGACGCAAUUGGACAAAUAUAUCCUCAUUUGCUAAUUGCUGCAGCGUAUUAUGCGCCAAGCAGAGAAGGUUCGAACGAGGAAAUUGCUAGAGGUUGGGACGUUGUUCAAGAAUGUUUGACUAUAAUAGUAACACAUCAUGAACUUAGGAAUAGACCACAAACAUUGUGGGAUUGGGCACGAAGUUUGGUAACUAUUGCCAAACAAUACAGUGGACAGUACUUCUGUGAAAUCUUAACUGCUAUUGGCGAAACUUGUAGCAGAGAAUUUUUAAUUGCUUUGGUGCAAGAAGAAAGUGAAACGCAAAAAUGGACUGCACAAAACCUCAUUGAGUUACUAUUACAGUGUUCGGAACAAAAAGGACGGUAUCCGACGGACGAAACUCGGAGUUGUAUACCUUUUGGAUUUUGGUACAUAUUACAAGAUGAUACUGCUACGCUCGACGGACCUUACAAGAGUUAUGCUUUAGUAGCUUUAAAACCUAUUUAUGCAAGAUUAGCGCAUGCAUUAUUACGAAAAUCAACGCUUCCUUCAUCUCCGAGCGAAGCCGGGGACGCGGAUGAACGGGAACACUUUAGGUGUUAUAGACAAGAUGUUGCAGACACCUUAGAUUAUUGUUAUAGAGUAUUGAGACAAGAUUUAUUAUUACUUCUCGGACAAAGAUUGUGUCUAACAUUGGAUAGAUCGGAAAAGUGGACUGACGUGGAAUCGACUUUACAUGCCUUCGAAGCUGUGGCAGACAGAGCUGUGGCAGACAGAGCUAGUGCAGAAGAGUCGCAUUACAUUCUUGCUUUGAUGGAUUUGGUUGUUACUCAUAUUCCUUAUGAUUUUUAUCCGAGAGAGCUUUUAGCAUGCGCGUGUUCAACGAUAGGGUCGUACGCUGAGUGGAUAGGGGAACAUCCGGAUCCCUGGCUAGAAGGAGUAUUGCAAAUCGUGACUUUAGGUUUAGUCAGUGGUUCCGUGACAGCACCCCUUGCCAGUAUGGCUUUGAAGGACCUAGCAAGAGAAUGUGGACGACACAUGACACCUUUCGCGCCAUCUAUUCUUAACACAAUCGAAGAAACACUUCCAAAUGUUGCACCCGGUAGUGCGGAAUGUUUGCGACUGAUGUCUGCUGCCAGUAAAUUAUUAAACACUUUAUCUACUGUUGAAGAGCAGUUAGCACACCUUGACGCUACGUUAGGCUUAUGCAUAAUAAAGAUACGAGCAUUGUUGAAACAACCAUCGUUUGUGGUGCGUUUCGGGAUAACAACACAAUUAAAAAUGGUUGGCAUGUUUCUUUCUACGAUGGAAGGAUCAAUCGGAAAGGUUGUGUUAGAUGAACUAUUGCCAAUAUUCAAACAGAUUGUUGAACAUCCUGAGUGGGGUCAGGACAAUGCUACGCUAGAAGCGAUGUAUAUUUGCGCAAAAAAAUCUCUAUUGUCGUUGUCGUAUCCCGAAGUAGAAGCACGACCUCUUCUUCCGAUUUUGACCGGUUCAUAUAAAAAGUGGCCCCAUCCUGCCGCGUUGCAUUUGUUGCGACAACUUGUGGUGUUAUUUGGACAAGAUUCCGAUAACAUUAUAGGGCCCAUUUUCGCGGAAUUAAGUUCAGUAACGUUAAGCGGUGUCAGAGCCUGUAGGUCUGUUAACGGUAAUUUAUCCGACUGGGCAGAAUUGAUGGAAGCUUAUCUUGGAUCGUUGGCUCAAAUUUGCAAGAAAAAUACUAGGAUGUUAUUGCAAGUCCCAGAUCAAAUCCCCAGAAUGUUAGAAUGCGGAAUGGAUUGCUUAAUGCUACCGGAAACUGGAACAGUCAGAGCAGCUGGGCAUUUCCUCACUAAUGCUGUCAAACUGAGUCCUCACUUGGAAAUAUUUAUUCAACCAAUCGGCCAGGAACUCGUUUCUGUGAUUUUACAAUGUGUGGGUGGAGUAAUACCACGGAACAAUUUACUGCCUCACGCAGAAGUUCUGAUAGCGUUGAACAAAGCGUAUUUCGAGUGGAUGCCACAGUGGCUUCGUGCCGGAUUCGAAAAACACUCGGAACAAUUCUCAGUCUCGGAAGGACAAAAGAAGAUUUUUAUAAGUACCGUUUUACGUGAACGACAUUACGCACGGCGAAUGUGGGAGAUUCUAGACGACUUCAGUCUUCAAAAUUUAGCUUCGGCAAAGACUGGAAAUAUAAUGCCAUGCCAGCAAUAAGAAGAAAAAGGUAAUGGAAGGAAUUCAUUGCAUCAAUGAGAAUACUUGAUAUGAAGUUCUGUUUGCAUAUUAAGUGCUACGUAUUGUGUAAAAUACUUUCUCCGAGAAUAAAGUUAAUCAGGUUAACGUUUAUCUUUUAUAUAGUGACUAAUUUUAAAUAAAGACUGACAUAACGGUAAAUAUGAAGGGUAAAGAAAUU